CNCCCCCCCCUCUGCAGUCUCACAACUCGGAACAGUCGUGCUCCUGCUGCAAAAGGGCAAGUUGAAGCUCUUCUCUGCAAUUCGGUAGGAAUCUGAAAUGUUUUCUCUCAUUUCUUCUCGUUGAAAGAGCUGAUGCGAUCUGUACAUGAUGAACGACGGAUAUGAUGUUAGUGACCUUUAUCGAGAAGCACAAACACGUUGGCUGAAGCCUCCUGAGGUGCUCUUUAUCUUACAGAAUCAUGAGAAAUAUCAGCUGACUGAGGAGGCCCCUAAACAGCCAACUAGUGGUUCCUUGUUUCUUUUUAACAAGAGAGUACUCCGUUUCUUCCGUAGAGAUGGUCAUAACUGGAGGAAAAAAAGGGACGGAAGAACUGUUGGAGAAGCACACGAACGACUUAAGGUUGGAAAUGCUGAAGCGUUAAAUUGCUAUUAUGCACAUGGAGAGCACAAUCCCAAUUUCCAGAGACGUAGCUAUUGGAUGCUGGAUCAGUCGUGUGACCACAUUGUUCUUGUACACUACAGAGAUAUUAGUGAGGGAAGGCCUGGGGUGGAAAGUGUUCCACAAUUAUCUCCAGCAUCGGCUUCUAGUUCUGGUUCCUAUCCGUCCCAAAAUCAUGCUUCGGAAUAUCUACAUUCAUUGAGCCCAGGGUCUGUUGAAGUUAGUUCUGAAACUGGCAACCGUACUAUUGGGUCAAAUGGCGUGGAUAGGCAGUAUGAAAUAUCAGAACUAAAGAGUUCAAACGAUCGUGAGGUUUCUCAAGCUUUGAGAAGGAUAGAGGAGCAAUUAAGUUUGAAUGAAGACAGCUUGAAAGACAUUGGUCCGUAUUAUGGUCACGAGGAAGGUUCAAAUUUUAACCUUAUAGACUACUAUGAGAUGUCCAUUGAGGAUCAGUUUUCAGUACUUCAGCAUCCAGAGAAUGCUGUCCAUGAUAAUAGUUAUACGUCAUUUGAGAUGCAAGAUGCUAGUGGUAAACAUAACCGUUAUGAUAUGGCACAUGAGUUUAUAUUUGGUGGUGAAGGAACUCGACCAUGGGGUGAUGCACUUGAUUCAAGUAAGACAACCGUUCUUGAGUCUCAAGAUAGGCAUUCUCUCCUAUGGAAUGAAAAUGAAAAUCCAUCAUCAUCUUCAACCGUAGACCAUGAGCAUCGCAACUGGCUGGACAGCGGAGGAAAAACUUUUCCUAUGCUAGGAAGCUGCACAUCUCCAGAAUAUGCUUCACCACUAGACACUCAUGAUGAUAAUUCCAACUACCACAUAUCAUUCCUUAAACAAGACCAUGGAAAUUCUUUUGAAGUUGAUACCAGUUUAAUUGUUGCACAAGUGCAGAAAUUUACAAUCCGCCAAAUAGUACCUGAACAGGGUUAUGCCACUGAGAGUACCAAGGUCAUCAUUAUUGGAUCUUUUCUUUGUGAUCCUUCAAAAGCACCAUGGGCUUGUAUGUUUGGAGAUAUCGAAGUUCCUCUUCAGGUUGUUCAGAAUGGGGUGCUUUGUUUUGAAGCGCCUCCACACCUUCCUGGGAAGGUUGCUUUCUUCAUUACAUCUGGCAAUCGGGAACCCUGCAGUGAAGUCAGAGAGUUCGAAUAUAAAAUGAAUGUUUGCAGCCAUUGCCAAUCACAUUCAAGUGGAGCUACGAAGAGCCCAGAGGAGCUGUUAUUACUUGUCAGGCUUGUGCAAUUGCUGCUCUCUGACUCAUUAAUGCAGAAAUUUGACGAGGUAGAUUCUGAAGUUAGAAGCAAUAAUUUGAAAGCUGGCGACGAUCAAUGGAGUUCUUUGAUAGAGGCUCUUCUAGUUGGUAGUGAAACUCCUUCUGGUACCAUGGAUUGGCUACUUCAAGAAUUACUAAAAGACAAGUUGUAUCUCUGGCUUUCUUCGCAGAAGAAAGAUAGACACGAUCUGGCAGGCUGUUCCUUGUCUAAGAAAGAACAAGGUGUUAUACACAUGAUUUCCGGUUUGGGCUAUGUGUGGGCACUAAACCCGAUUCUCAGCUGUGGAGUAAAUAUAAAUUUCCGUGACAUUAAUGGAUGGACUGCUCUACAUUGGGCAGCACGAUUUGGAAGGGAAAAAACGGUCGCUGCAUUAAUAGCCUCAGGAGCAUCAGCUGGCGCUGUGACUGAUCCUAGUUCACAAGACCGAGAUGGUAAAACUGCAGCGUCUAUUGCAGACAUCCAUGGACACAAGGGACUUGCUGGUUAUUUAUCGGAGGUUGCCCUUACUAGUCAUCUUUCAUCCCUCACAUUUGAAGAAGGUGAACUUUCCAAUGGCUCUGCGGAGAUAGAAGCAGAAAUAACUGUAAAUUGCAUUUCAAAGGGGAACCUCUCUUCAGCUGAGGACUGUAUCCCUAUGAAAAAUACGUUAGCUGCAGUCAGGAAUGCUGCUCAGGCAGCGGCCCGUAUUCAAUCUGCUUUCCGUGCUCAUUCUUUCAGAAAGCGACAGCAGAAGGAGGCAACUUUUGCAGCUUGUAUAGAUGAGUAUGGAAUUGAUCCAAAUGACAUACAGGGGCUCUUAGCUAUGUCAAAAUUGAACUUUUCUAAUCGGCGUGAUUACAAUGCUGCUGCAUUAUCUAUACAAAAAAAAUAUAGAGGUUGGAAAGGUCGUAGAGAGUUUUUAUCAAUGCGUCAGAAAGUCGUGAAGAUACAGGCACAUGUGAGGGGGUAUCAAGCUAGGAAGCAUCACAAGAUAAUUUGUUGGGCUGUUGGGAUUCUGGAUAAAGCUGUAUUACGCUGGAGAAGGAAAGGAGUUGGGUUGAGAGGGUUUCGUAGCGAGAUAGGGUCCAUUGAUGAAAGUGAAGAUGGCGAUAUUAUAAAGGUGUUCCGCAAACAAAAAGUGGAAGGAACUAUUGAUGAGGCUGUUUCACGAGUGCUAUCCAUGGUUGACUCUCCAGAUGCUCGUCAGCAAUAUCAUCGUAUGCUUGAAGGAUUUCGAGAAGCCAAGGCAAAACUAGAUGGCACCGGUAAUGAAUCCGCAGAAUCGACUCGUCUCAGCGAUGUUUCUGAAAUGGAAGAUUGUAAUCAAUAUCCUAAGUUUGUAUAGGAGCUACUUGGUGAUCCUAAUAACCUAACAUUCACUGAUUUUAUCUCUAUGCUAAGUUACCCUUUUAGUGCCCCAUCGCGUGUACACUAGCCCUACUCAUUAUAGUUGGUAACCAGAUGUUUACUCCUUUGUUUCUGUAAAUGAUUUGUAUUAUUGCUGUAAAUGGCUUCGGUGGGAUUAGAUAUUGAGAUUGAUGCAAUAAUCAAGUUUACUUCCUGGCACCCAGCCUUCACAGUG